AUGGAAGGCACUCACUGCACCCUCCAAUUGCAUAAGCCCAUUACCGAACUCUGCUACAUCAGCUUCUAUCUUCCGAGGGGAGAAGUCAGAGGCUUUUCCUACAAGGGCACCGUAACUCUAGACAGAUCCAAUAAAGGUUUUCAUAACUGCUACCAAGUCAGGGAGGGGUCAGACAUCGUCAGCCUCAGCCGGCAGCCGGCCGAACAUCCAGGCGACAUAUUUUUCAAGCCGACUCCCACAAAAGACAUUCUGGCGGAGUUGUACAAGCUCACAGCAGAGAGGGAGAGACUGCUGGCCGAUCUGUUGAGCUCAGACCACAUCCUGGGGAUUACCAUGGGGAACCAGGAAGGGAAGCUGCCAGAGCUGUCCGUGAGUCUGGCCCCUGAGGACGACUGUUUCCAGAGCUCUGGUGACUGGCAGGGAGAGCUCCCCGUGGGCUCACGCAAUAAGAGAAGCACCCACGGGAACAGAAAACCCCGGAGGUUUGGCGGAAGAAGAGAGAGAACUGAGGAGCUGCCGCAGAAGAGGACAAGAAGGAAAGGGCGUGGGGGCCAAGGACCUGCUGUUUGCAUGGGGAAGGACCAGAUCUGUUCUAGAAGCUCCCUUCCUUCCAGACUUGGGACUCAGCGUAGGCUUCUCCAGGAAGGAGGAAGUUGGCUCCUGAGUGAGGAGCUUGCUUCCCCGCCACACCAGACAGAGAACUCCCCACCAAAUACCUUUAGGAUGCUCGAUACAGACCUUGGCUUUGGGCGCCCUGGGCUUGGCAGAGGAGCGCAGGACCCAAUCUGCAGCUCCACAGAAGUGGCAGAAGAUGGUGGGAGGGGCCUGUCUAGGUGGCCUCCUGGCACGCGGUAUCAACAAACAGGACUGCCUGAAAGUCACAAGGACCCCAAGAAACAUCCAGAGGCAAAGAGGAGCAGGCCAGAGAAGUCAGUUGAAAGGGCUUGCAGGGAAAAACCUGUCUGCAAAGUCGUGGCCAAAGUCCAGGAUCUGUCUGCUCAUGUGCAAAGAGUGGUCACAGCACAUCCUGAGGCUGAGGAAGCUGACUUCCUACCUGGGGCAGACCUGCUCAUCCUCCCAGGAACGCAGAGCCCCACGCACUUGGGCAAAGAGCAGCAAGAGUGUGGAUCUUCGCCAUCAGUGGCAGGAGACUCCAUUCGUAGCCCACCAGCUGGUGCUGAGGAGGUUGUGAACAAGGUCCACCUGAAGGUGAUAGAGAGCGAGCAGUUGGAUGAAGCUACUGAAGGGAAAAAGCUGGGUUUCUGUCUUAGCAAAAGAGCCACCGGUAACCUCCCAGAAACCAGAAGCAAGAGAAGAGCUGGGCCAUGUCACAACCUCACUCCCGACUCCCCACAACUUGGAGAUGGUAACAGGUGGUCAUCACCCCCGGCAUCAGCAGCUCCAGGCAUGGUAUUUAAUAAUUCAUCCCCUCAGUCAGGCACAUGCUCCCGGAUGUCACCUGUUCCCUCGCCUCUGUCACCAAGGCGCUCCAGUGCACAGCAGCAUCACAGGGUCCUUCAGCUCCCUCCACAGCCUGGGGAGAGGGAAGCUGCUCUUCAUGACUCUCCCAGGAGAAAGAGUGGUGUUUUUUCUGGGUCUUCCUCUGCUGACAUCUUGGAGCCACUGUCCUCUGCAAAGGUCACGGAGACCACAGGAGCCAGCCCGGCCUCCCUCAGAGCAGGCCAACCCCAGCAGGUGCCUGGGGAACAGAGUUUAGGGCCAGACAAGACCGCAGCUGGGGCCCAGUGCCUGUCACUUCCAGGUGCCUCUGCUGAUGGCUUGCCGUGGGACUACUUCAGUGAACAGACCACCAAAGACAGUUCCAACAGGGAUGGAGCUGCAUGGGUCCUGGGCUAUAGGACAGGACCAGCCUGUCCAUUUCUGCUCCAUGAGGAAAGAGACAAGCCAAGCAGAAGUGAAUUGUACUUAGAUCUUCAUCCUGACCAGAGUCCCACAGAGCAGGAUGACAGGACCCCUGGUAGACUCCAAGCUGUCUGGCCACCCCCGAAGACAAAAGAUGCAGAAGAAAAAGUGGGAUUGAAGUACACGGAAGCAGAAUACCAAGCUGCCAUUUUACACUUGAAGAGAGAACACAAAGAAGAAAUUGAAAACCUGCAGGCCCAGUUUGAACUUCAGGCCUUUCAUAUUCGGGGUGAACAUGCCAUGAUAACAGCGAAAUUAGAAGACACGAUAGAAAAUCUCAAACAGGAGUUGGAACACCGAUGGCGAGGAGGAUGUGAAGAGAUGAAAGAUGCUUCCGUCUCUACCGAUGAUGACUGCCCUCCCAAAACUUACAGGAACGUGUACAUCCAGACAGACAGGGAGACCUUCCUAAAGCCCUGUGAGGCCGAGAGCAAGGCACCCAGAAGUAACCAAAUAAUACCCAAAAAGCUGAAUAUCUCCUCUUUAAGCCAGCUCUCUCCCCAAAAUGAGAACAAAGACAUCCAGGCACCGCUUCAGUCUGUAGAAGGCAUUUCAUCAAAUCAGCCAAAGACAUCAGUUUCCCAUCCUGUAUCACCCCCGCAAGCUCCCAUCCCUCCACCUCCUCCCCUGCCACCUGGCCUUGAUCCUUUGCCACCAGCACAUCUGACAUUACCUAUGAGUGCUGGUCCCCCGCCACCGCCACCACCACCACCACCACCUCCUCCACCACCACCACCACCGCCUGCUCUACCUCCAAGUGCUGGGCCUCCUCCACCUCCUCCCCCGCCACCACUCCCUAACUCUCCUGCUCUGACCAAUAAUGGGGGGCCUCCUCCUGCUCCAGCACCCCCAGGACUUGCACCUCCACCUCCUCCUGGACUCUUUUUUGGGCUCAACUCUUCUUCCAGCCAGUAUCCUCGAAAGCCAGCCAUUGAGCCCAGUUGUCCCAUGAAGCCGUUGUACUGGACUAGGAUACAAAUAAAUGAGAGGAGCCAAAAUGCUACACCAACGUUAUGGGAUUCCUUAGAAGAACCUGACAUUCGGGACACUAGUGAAUUUGAGUAUUUGUUCUCUAAAGAUGCGACUCAGCAGAAGAAAAAACCUCUGUCAGAGACCUAUGAGAAAAAAAACAAGGUCAAAAAGAUCAUCAAGUUAUUGGAUGGGAAGCGGUCUCAAACUGUGGGAAUCUUGAUAUCCAGUUUACAUUUAGAAAUGAAGGAUAUCCAACAUGCCAUUUUCAAUGUGGAUGACUCUGUGGUUGACCUGGAGACCCUCGCAGCUUUGUAUGAAAACAGAGCCCAAGAAGAUGAAUUGGUGAAAAUAAGAAAGUACUAUGAGACAUCCAAAGAAGAAGAGUUGAAACUGCUGGAUAAACCCGAACAAUUUUUACAUGAAUUAGCCCAAAUCCCAAAUUUUGCUGAACGUGCUCAGUGCAUAAUCUUCAGAUCUGUCUUCUCUGAAGGUAUCACCUCUUUGCAUCGAAAGGUAGAGAUCAUCACUCGAGCAUCUAAGGGCUUGCUGCACAUGAAGAGUGUGAAGGAUAUUUUAGCUCUCAUUUUGGCUUUUGGAAAUUACAUGAAUGGAGGAAAUAGAACUCGGGGACAAGCAGAUGGAUAUAGCUUAGAAAUUCUGCCCAAACUCAAGGACGUCAAAAGCCGGGAUAACGGGAUUAAUCUGGUGGAUUAUGUUGUGAAGUAUUACCUGCGUUAUUAUGAUCAGGAAGCUGGAACGGAAAAGAGCGUUUUCCCUCUGCCUGAACCACAAGAUUUUUUUCUAGCUUCCCAAGUCAAGUUUGAAGACCUCAUAAAAGAUUUGAGAAAAUUAAAGAGACAACUAGAAGCCAGUGAGAAACAGAUGACCGUGGUGUGUAAGGAGUCUCCCAAGGAGUACCUGCAGCCUUUUAAGGAUAAACUGGAAGAGUUCUUCCAUAAAGCCAAAAAGGAGCAUAAAAUGGAAGAAAGUCACUUGGAGAAUGCACAGAAAAGUUUUGAAACAACAGUGGGAUAUUUUGGGAUGAAGCCCAAAUCUGGUGAGAAAGAGAUCACCCCCAGCUAUGUGUUCAUGGUGUGGUAUGAGUUCUGCAGUGACUUCAAGACAAUUUGGAAACGGGAGAGUAAAAACAUAUCGAAAGAAAGAUUGAAAGUGGCUCAGGCAUCUGUCAGCAAGUUGACAUCAGAGAAGAAAGUAGAGACGAAGAAAAUCAACCCCACUGCUAGUCUGAAAGAAAGACUGCGUCAGAAGGAAGCCAGUGUGACCGCCAACUAAGGUGGAGCUGCAUGAAAAACAGUAACAGUGGAGUUGUAGUUUGCAUGUUUCUUUCUGACCCUGGGGCUGAGGAGGUUGUUGGAACAUCUUCUCCUAGCUGUGGGUUUUGCUCGUCACUUUCUAAGGUCUACUGCACAGAGCAUUCUGUGCCUUCUUUAUGAAGUUCUUUAUGAAGCCACAGAAACAGUGAAAAAAGCUACUGAAGGAAAUAUUUCAUGGGUAUUUGACAACUGUUGCUUAUAGAGAUCCAAAGUCCACUCCAUUAUAAGACCUGACGAAAUAAUAAGAUUUUCUGAAUGCUUUUGAAAGUUGAGAGUUCAAGCUGUCAAACUCAAGACCUAUACAUGUGACCUUGUUCCAAUGCAGUAGAGAGAUCUUUUAUGACAUAUUUAAGCUCCAUCUUCAUACAGUGCUCUUUCAGUUACUGGUCCUAAUGUUGACCCAACUACCACAAGAUUCUACAGCAUCUUUCUCAUCAAAAAUGUUGAAAUUUACCCACAUUGUUUUUGAAGAGGCUCAAGAAUAUGUGUUCUCAGACUGGGGGGACUGAAUUGUUUAUAUAGCAGAAAGGAGAGAAAAAAGACUUGUAUGUGGGUGGAGAGGGAAUCAGUAGCCAUAAACUUCAUCCCGGGAAAAAAAAAUUAUGAUACAAGUUAUUGUCAUCAGCUAUUAGGAGAGUCUCCUUCAAUUUUUCUAUCAGCUCACUGUGGUUCCUUGAGUCAUCCAAGAUUCUGCACCCAAACUCCUGGAAGAAACUGUGAGACAAGAGCAAGGACAGCUUGAGUGUCAGUGGACCUGCUUAGACAGGCCACCGUGCAGCAACCACCCCUGGCGAUUACACUUGUAAACAAGGGACAGAAUGUUGACAGGCGGACACAUUCUGCAUCACGGUCUGUGGCUGUGGGCUAGCUUCCAGAAAGGAGAGCAACGGCCUUUUACCGUGACCUUCGGUGAUAGGCAUGUGAAGUAAGGUGACACAGAGGUUUUUUGAUGUCAACUGAACAUCUGAAGGGCAGAAGAAAAGUUCUUUUCAUCAACAUAAAACAAGGUGAUCAUAUUAGUAAUAAGCUGGCAAGGAAUAUUAUGCAUACACAACUUUUUCUGGUCCUGGUCCUUGAAUCACAGAAAGGACCCCUUUGGGUCUCUCUGGCUUCUUUUUGUCUUUUUAAGUGAGUAUUCUCUGAAUCUGUCUUGUGAGAGAAGAAAAAGAAUGAUGGAAUGAUAAUAAAAUCAAUGACAGUCGUGUUUAGAUGGGACAGUGUGGACAUGAAUGGGAAUUCUGACUCCCCACGUCCCCGACAUGUGCAGCCCACAGUUUGCCCCCGUAUCUUCCCAGAGCUUCUAAACUUGCCAGGUGCCUGAGUGUCUGUCCAGAAUGUGCCAGACCAUCCUCAGCCACCUCAGGGACACUCCUGGGAUAGAUUCAAGUACUGAAGGCAGCACUACAUCCUAAUACAACUACAGCCUCGAGAAACAAGAGUGCAUGGUCAGGAUCAAAUCAAGCCGCAGAAGCCAUAUCCAUGCAGGUGCUAACUG